GUGCUUACGGUUUAGCGACUUGAACAACAAGACUUGGCAACCCGGUUGGGGAAUCAUCGUUGUGAGCUCAGUCAGCUCUCUCUGAGAGACAGCGUGGAAAGAUGGUGCUCGACCUGGACCUGUUUCGCACCGACAAAGGUGGCGAUCCAGAAAUCAUCCGUGAGACCCAAAGGAAGAGAUUUAAAGAUGUAACACUCGUCGAUAAACUGGUCGCCGCAGAUACAGAGUGGAGAAAAUGCCGCUUCACUGCAGACAACCUGAACAAAGCUAAGAACCUUUGCAGCAAGAGCAUUGGGGAGAGAAUGAAGAGGAAGGAACCAGUUGGGGAUGAUGAGUCUCUACCUGAGGAAGCACAGAACGUGGAGUCCCUAACAGCUGAAACUCUAUCGCCCCUGACGGUAACCCAGAUCAAGAAGGUGCGUUUGUUAGUGGACGAGGCGGUGGAGAAAUGUGACAGUGAGAGGAUGAAGCUGGAGGCGGAGCGCUUCGAGUACCUGAGGGAGAUCGGCAACCUUCUGCACCCAUCCGUACCCAUCAGCAAUGACGAGGAUGCAGACAACAAGGUGGAGCGUACCUGGGGCGACUGCAGCGUCCAGAAGAAGUACUCCCAUGUGGAUUUGGUGGUCAUGAUCGAUGGCUUUGAUGGAGAGAGGGGAGCUGUUGUGGCUGGGAGCAGAGGUUACUUUCUGAAGGGGCCGCUGGUGUUCCUGGAGCAGGCUCUGAUCACUUACGCCUUAAGGAUCCUCCACAGCAAGAACUACACCAUGCUCUACACACCCUUCUUCAUGAGGAAAGAGGUCAUGCAGGAAGUCGCCCAGCUCAGCCAGUUUGACGAAGAGCUUUACAAGGUCAUCGGUAAGAGCAGUGAGAAGUCGGACGACAACUCCGUAGACGAGAAGUACCUCAUCGCCACCUCGGAGCAGCCCAUCGCAGCCUUCCUGAGGGACGAGUGGCUCAAACCCGAGGACCUGCCCAUCCGCUACGCCGGCUUCUCCACCUGCUUCAGACAGGAAGUGGGCUCCCAUGGCCGAGACACCCGCGGGAUCUUCAGGGUGCACCAGUUUGAGAAGAUUGAGCAGUUCAUCUAUGCCUCCCCACAUGACGGCAAAUCCUGGGAGAUGUUUGAUGAGAUGAUCGGGACGGCAGAAGAGUUCUACCAGUCACUCGGAAUUCCCUAUCGCAUCGUCAACAUCGUCUCGGGUGCUCUAAAUCACGCGGCCAGUAAGAAGCUGGAUCUGGAGGCCUGGUUCCCUGGCUCUGGGGCCUUCAGAGAGCUGGUCUCCUGCUCCAACUGCACCGACUACCAGGCCAGGCGCCUCCGCAUCCGCUACGGACAGACCAAGAAGAUGAUGGACAAGGCUGAGUUUGUGCACAUGUUGAACGCAACCAUGUGCGCCACCACGCGCGUGAUGUGUGCCAUCCUGGAGAAUUACCAAACCGAAGAAGGCAUCGUUAUUCCAGAGAUGCUCAGGCCGUUCAUGCCUCCUGGUUUGACAGAGAUCAUUAAGUUCGUCAAGCCCGCUCCUAUCGACCAGGAGAUGUCUAAGAAAGCAAAGAAACAGCAAGAUGGAGGGGGGAAGAAGAAGAAGCAGGGAGGAGGAGACCAGAACCUGCCCAACGCCAUGGAGACCAUGUCCGUCAACGACUCAUAGGACUGCAGUACACGACGACCGUGUCGCCGCACCAACCACGCAGAUAGAUGCUGAUGGAAUAGAGUCUUGUGUGUAUUGAUCGGGGGGGGUCCAGUUCUGCUGUUGGAAAAUGUGGAACGUGUUAUUAAUCUUAUCCAUUAUAAUGAAGAGUAGCUCUAUCGCAUCUGCGUCCAUCUGAAUGGGUGGUGGUGUUCAUCUCAGCUGUUCCUCCCCUCAUUCAUUCACAUAAAGCACACCGGAAAAAAGGGAUCUCUCUCUCACCUACAUCUACAGCUCACUUCAGAGUCCGCUGACCACCUGUCUGUCUGUCUGCCCCUUUCUCACGUUGCCUAAAACAAAUAGAUGAGACUACUUGAGUUGUUUUGUGGGACAGAGCAUCAACCAGCAGUUAAAUGUCUGAGUUUUCUCUUUAACAGAAACCUGCAUCUCCUCUGUGAAACGCAGUAGAUUACUUCACGUCUGAAAUGGCUUAAAAGUUGAUCAGUCCUGUGAACAUGAUCAGGUAUUUGAACUCUGUCUGUUUUAGGCUUCCCUUUAUGUCGCCUCUGACCACAAUCAUCAUCUUUGACCAUAAUGCUUUUCAUUGGCUUAUGAUUAAGACAUUGACAUUGUAUGCACUCUCUAAUAUAAAGAUAUAUAUAUGAUUGAGCAUUGAUUCGGUGGCACUCACUGUAAACAAACAUUAAAUACAGUUGGUAUGGAA